AUGGCUUCGUCAUGCCGACGACGCUGUGCCCCGCGAGCAGCCGCUGAUGGCGACCCUCAGGCCGACGAGCCCGGAUAUUGUCCGCAUCUCCAGCGGCCGCAACCACAUCAUCCAUCCACAGCCACCACCGCCAUCAUCAACAUCAGCAUUUCAACACCAAGCAUCUCCAUCCCCGAAGACCACCACCCCCAGCCGUGGCCCCGCCCGUCCGCCUCCUCCCCUGGCCCCCGCCUGUACUCGCCGUCUCGCGCCCGCACGGCCCGCCGCCGCCGCCACCGCCCCGCCCGCCCCGGCCCUACCACCCGGCCUGCAGCCUGA